CCUGCCCUCUCAUAUCGGCAGCGCAUCGUCGGUGCAGCCUUUUGCUUCGUAUCGGGCCUGCUGAUGCUCGGCUCCUCGCUCCUCUCGCUCACCUCGCUGCUCCUCGGUAGCCCGGGCCCGUUUGCAGUGAAAUACACACUGGGGAACCUGCUCUCGAUUUGCGCGAUCGGCUUCCUUGUCGGAUGGGGCAAUAUGUGCCGCUUGAUGUGCUCGAGGGAGAGGCGGGUCGCGUCGCUUAUCUACCUCCUCUCGCUGUGCGGCACGCUGCUCGCCGUGCUGCGGCUGCAGUCACAGCUACUAGUCACGUUUGCUGUGCUCGUCCAGCUCGGGGCGCUCGCUUGGAGCGGCGCCUCGUAUUUACCCUUUGGCCAGCGCACGCUCCGCCUCUGCUUCAAGUCGGUG